CGGGCCGUCCGUCUCCGGGUGACAGGGUUGGCCCCGCCCAGCCAGUCCGCGCCCCGGGCGGGCAGGGCUCCAGCCAAUCGCGGCCCGCGGCUCGGCUCGGGGCGGGGCCGGGUGAGCCCGAGGCCAGAGCGAGAGGCCCCGGGAGGCGAGCGAGGCCCCUGCCCACCACGGGAGGGUCGCGAAGCUGAGGGUGUGCCGGGAGUGAGCCUGGCAGCAGAGGUGAGGAAACGAUGCCCAGAGAGGUAAUGUCACUCGCUUUCCAGAAUCGCACAGGGCACCAUGGUAGGCGGCUUGAAGAGGAAACACUCUGACUUGGAGGAAGGAGAGGAGGAUGAGAAGUGGGACUGGAGUCCAGCAGGCCUUCGAAGCUACCAGCAAGCCCUGCUCCGAAUUUCCCUCGACAAAGUCCAGCGAAGCCUGGGGCCCCGCGCGCCCAGCCUCCGCAGGCACGUCCUCAUCCAUAACACCCUCCAGCAGCUUCAGGCCGCGCUGUGUCUGGCCCCAGCACCUGCCUCGCCCCCCGAGCCCCUUUUCCUGGGUGAGGAGGACUUCUCCUUGUCAACCACCAUUGGCUCUAUUCUCAGGGAGCUGGAAACCUCCAUGGACGACACCGAGACCCCUCAGGAUCCAGUGGCUCCCCCAGGCCCCCAGAACGAAGAGCUGCCCCAGCCUGACCCAGUCUUCUUAGAGGCUCUGAGCUCUCGAUACCUGGGGGACUCGGGUCUGGAUGACUUUUUUCUGGACAUUGACACAUCCACUGUGGAGAAGGAGCCUGCCCUGGCCCCACUGGAGCCUCCUCACAACUUCUUCUGUGCCCCGGGGUCCUGGGAGUGGAAUGAACUAGAUCACAUCAUGGAAAUCAUCCUGGGAUCCUAAAGCUUGGAUGAUUGAAGGGUGCUCCCUGUACAUCUCAGCCUCAGUGGGCUGGAUCCCUGGGUGCAAUUGUAACUGUGUGUGUGUGUGUGUGUGUGUGUGGAGGCUAUGAGCAGUGGCUGGCCUCCUUUCCUCCCAUAUCAGGGUUCCAUAAACUGUAGAGUGAGUGUGUGUGUGGUUACCAAAGCCUUCUGUGAAGGUGUGUCUUCCUGGGUUAAUUUAUCUGUUCCAAAUGCCUUAAUGAGACUCUGUUUCUGGGAGUCUGGUUGCCCACUGCCACAUUUCCUCUGCCUCCUCCUCCAGUUCUUAACUCCUUCUGUGACCACGGAGGCCUCAGGGAAGAUACGCUGGGCCUGUGGGAGGAUGACAGAGACUCUGCCUCUCGUAUCUGGGAGGACUAGGAGGGGCUGGCCUCCUCCCCAGGCUGAGCCCCCACCUCCUUGGCAGGACCCCAGCCCCAGCAGCCUCCUGAUGUGUAACCAGGCCGGACCACGUGCAAUAGGUGGAAGCCAAACUGCUCCGUGCGCGUUGUUCAACAGAAAGGCGGGUUUUGUGGUGGUUUGGGGUGGGGUGGGAGGUGGGUUUUUAUUGUAAUUAUUAUUAUUAUUAUUUUUAAUAAAAGUAUUUUGAAAGGGA